ACACUGGUAAAUCAAAUACUUUUAUUGAACUGAGAAGAGAGUACAAUGCAAUUGCUCAAUCUGAGCUUUAACAGGGGAAUUAGGGAUUUACAGUGAAAUUGGGAAAAAACUGGGAAAUUUGGGGAAGAACACAAAGUUAGGGUUCAACCUAGAGAUCCCUCGAUCUCUCUCUGAUUCCACAAUCAGAAUGAAACUCUAACUUCAAUGCCUUCCUCUACAAUCAAUCUACCUAUUUAUACUAUUCAGUUGCAACUAACAACUGUAACUGACUCUAACUGCUUACAGCUGUUGCCCGCUGUCAGCUAACAAACUAACAGAUUCAGCUAACAACUAACAGCUUAUUACAAUCCAGUCCUCUUACUAAUUACUAAUUACUCCUGGGUCCUUCUCCUUGAAUAAACCCGCUUAAACCUAUCAAUACUUCCCCCUAAAAGUUUGACCUUGUCCUCAAGGGGAAAAGAAGGGAAGAGUUCUUGUAUCUUAGCAGCUGACUCCCAGGAAUUAUCACAAGAUGGCAAAGUGUCCCAGCUCACAAGGACUUCCAAGUUGCCAAAAGCAUCCUCUCUUGUAGCUUUCACUUCAGCAGGAAGUACUUCUAAUUCCAGCUCCUCAUUGAGCAUAGGAGGCAAUGGAUGAGGUUGCUGAUCUGGCUUCAAAGCUUUCUUUAAGAGAGAUACAUGGAAAACUGCAUGAAUUCUAGCUUGUGGUGGCAGCUCUAGCUUGUAAGCUACUGGUCCCACCCGACUCAGAACUUGAUAAGGCCCAUAGAACCUUGGGGCUAACUUAGCAAAGGGUCUAGAAGCUAGAGACUUUAAUUUGUAAGGUUGCAGCUUGAGAUACACCCAGUCCCCCUCCUUAAAUUCCACAUUUCUUCUAUGCUUAUCAGCCUGCACCUUCAUCUGAUUCUGAGCCUUAGUUAAAUUCCCCUUCAACUCUUCCAAGAUAGCAUCCCUGUGCAAAAACAAUUGAUUGACUUCCUCCACUCUUGAAGGAAUAGCUCCAGCCGUGAGAAGAAUAGGGGGAUCCCUCCCAUAUAAAGCUCUAAAUGGAGUCAUUCCUGCAGAACCAUGGAAAUUGGUAUUAAACCAAAAUUCUGCCCAGGAUAACCAGUCCAGCCAGUGCUUGGGUUUAGGGCCACAAAACACCUCAAGUAUGUCUCCAAGCACCUAUUGACCACCUCAGUUUGGCCAUCAGUUUGUGGAUGAUAUGAGGUGCUCAAUUUCAGUUGUGUGCCAGCCAAUCUGAAAAUCUCCUUCCAAAGUAAACCAGUGUCCAUCCUUCUUCAAUGACAACCUCAUCUUGCUAAAGUUAGCUUUAAUAUCCCCUAAACUAGCUAACCAAUCCAGACCAAGUACCAGAUCUAUUCCAUUGAGGCCAAAAAGGUAGAAAUCUUGAGUGACUUCUAAGGAUUGUAUCAUCAAUUUCAGAUUAGAACACUUCCCUUUACAACCAAUCUUAUAGCCAUCCCCAACUUCCACUGUGUAAGAUGGUGUGUUUUCCACUGGUAAUGACAACUCUUUAACCAGCUUCUUAGAAACGAAACUAUGUGAAGCUCCACAAUCUAUGAGAACCACCACUGCUUGGUCUUGUAUACUGCCCUUCAUUUUCCAUGACUUGUGGGAAGUAAAACCAGUCAUUGAACAGAGAGAUAACUGCAAAGAAUUAAACUCUCCGGAUAAAGCAUCUUCAAAUUCUCCCCCCUCCAAAUCCUCUUCUUCUUCUUCCAAGAGUAGCAUUCUAAGCUGCCUAUUCUUGCACUUGUGUUCUCUACUAAAAGGUUCAUCACACCUGAAACAAAGGUUUUUCUCUCUCUUUUCCUUCAUUUCAGCUGCAGUCAAAGGCUUAUAGCCCUCAACUCUUGCCCUGCUUGCUUCUGGAGCUGGCCCAUUCCUAGAAGUUCCAACAGAAUUUUCCUGCUUAUGCUCUCCAUUGUUUUGAGGUUCCAAAGUUACAGUUUUACUGUAAUUGUUGCUUCUAUAGGAACCUACAGAUCUCACAAACCCUCCACUUUUCUUAGUGACAGCCAAAUUUUUUUGUUCAAUCAGCAAAGACUUCUGAAUAACCUCAGGAAGAGUAUUCAAUUCAAAAAGCCUCACUUCAGCCUUAAUCUCUUCCUUGAGUCCAUUGAGGAAAAUUCCUCUCACAAAAUCAUGGUCAAUUUCUUUCAAAGCACCAGCAUAUUUUUCAAACUCCUCAACAUAAUCAUCUACAGAACCUAAUUGUUUCAAAGAUAACAGUAAUUCAAAAGGAUUUUGAACCAUAGAGGGUUGAAAUCUUCUUACCACUGCCAGCUUGAAAGCUUCCCAAGAUGGUGCUGGAUUGCAACGCUCCCACCACUGGUACCAACUGAGAGCUCGUCCCUCCAAAGCCACCAUGGUUGCUUGCAUUCUUUCCUCUUCAGUCACUUCCCUCAGUGCAAAGUAGCGUUCCAAUUUCUGUGUCCAACCAACAGCAUCAGAUCCAGAAAAAAUUGGAAUCUCCAAUUUCCUCCAACGAUUCUUGCUAGGAACUCGAUCUCGUUCCUCUCUACUCCUACUGCCUUCGAUUUCGUCUUCUCCAGCGGAUUCGCGAUCACGAACCUCCAGCCUAGCUCGCAGCGACGCGAUGAGAUCCUCUGCCACCUUGGUUCGCGCCUCAGUCAACUCCAAUCGAGUGCGCAAGCCCUCUGUUUCCUGUCGCAAUUCAUCCCUCUCCUGGCUCCAGCUUCCAUCGCUUCUUGCCAUGGUUCUUGUCGUAACCAUUCAGAGUUGCAGAAAUCGCGUGGGUUCACCCUCAGGCACCAAGAAUGGUGCUCUGAUACCAGUGAUAACACUGGUAAAUCAAAUACUUUUAUUGAACUGAGAAGAGAGUACAAUGCAAUUGCUCAAUCUGAGCUUUAACAGGGGAAUUAGGGAUUUACAGUGAAAUUGGGAAAAAACUGGGAAAUUUGGGGAAGAACACAAAGUUAGGGUUCAACCUAGAGAUCCCUCGAUCUCUCUCUGAUUCCACAAUCAGAAUGAAACUCUAACUUCAAUGCCUUCCUCUACAAUCAAUCUACCUAUUUAUACUAUUCAGAUGCAACUGACAACUGUAACUGACUCUAACUGCUUACAGCUGUUGCCAGCUGUCAGCUAACAAACUAACAGAUUCAGCUAACAACUAACAGCUUAUUACAAUCCAGUCCUCUUACUAAUUACUAAUUACUCCUGGGUCCUUCUCCUUGAAUAAACCCGCUUAAACCUAUCAUCCUUACAAUUCAUGAAUUACAUAGUUCUUAUUUUUUUUCUUAGCCAUUAUAUCUUCAAUAGCUUAAUGCUUUGCUGGUUCAGAGUUUCUCUCAAAGAUGUUAUGUACUUUAUUCUGUUUUCUUUGAUUAUAUUCUGUUUCUUUGAUAGAAAAAGUAGCGAGAUAGGAAUAAAAUAGAGUAAAAAUGAGAUGAAAAAGAUAGUGUGUGGGAAAAAAUCAAAACCCCUAGUUUUUCAGUGUGUAGCUUUUAUUUUGAAUGUCCAUUUACCCCCUACAAGAAUAGCCUGAUUUAGAGGUUGGAUUUAAUGUCAGUCACGACAAUGAAAAAAACACUCAUUUGAAAGAUGCGUCGGCUUUCUGCAAAUUAGUGUCGGUUCAAGCGAACGCUAAAAUCAGCGACCUACAUAACGGCCGCCCUUAAAUGUUUUGCGUCGGUAAGUGACCGACACUAAGAUCACCGACCAUUUUAGCGUCGGUAAGCAGACUUUACAGAGGAAAACCCCCUUUUGUCCGCUGCCCAUACCAGGCUAUCCUCCAUAGCCGUGUUCAGCAGCGGGAUUUGAGGGAUUUGGGUGGCUUCAAAUGACACAAAGAGCCGCAUAACUUCCUCAUGUCGCUACUUAUUUUCUCUGUCAAUAAGCUCAAACACAUGAGAUAAGUUCAUCUUGAGGCUUCUGUGACCAGGAUUUAAACCCAUUUUGGCUAAGCAGCCAAUUAUCCUCCCAUAUAUUAAUACUCCAACAAUUACCAACCCUCCAUAAAGAUCCUCUAUGGAUAUUGGAUAAUCCAACUUUCUUGUUGGAUGCUACGCCAUGUAUAACUCGGCAUGUAUCCUUGGCCAGCAUGAAUAAAUUGCUUUCUCGGGAAGUAUCAGCCAUGAGCGAAUCUGGGAGUUGAAUGAGUCUCCAUCCUUGCUUUUCCAAAAGAACAUCAUUAAGGUUUGGAAAUUCUUAAACCCUAUAACUCUUUCUUCUUUGGAUUACACAAGGCAUCCCAACUAACCCAAUGAACCAGCCUCUCCCCAUUUUUGCUCCCCCACCAGAGCUGACUGAUCAUGCUCUCAAUAUGAUUACACAAGCCCUCUGGCAAGGAGAAACACUCCAUAAUAUAAGUAAGGAUUGCUUGAGCCACCGUUUAAUGAGAAAUUGUCUACCCUCUGAUGUAAGAACUUUUCCUUCCACUCCUUAAGUUUUUUCAAAACCUGAUCUUGAUCAAAGUUGAAAACUUGCCUCUUAGACCUCCCCACAAAUGUUGGCAAACCAAGAUACUUGGAGUGGCUUUCAAUAGCAUUAAUUUUCCAUCUUCCCGGAAGGGCAUGCUUACUAUAUUCUGGAACAUUUCGGCUAAAAGAAAGUUCUGAUUUAUCCAAGUUAAUCAGCUAGCCAGAGACUUGUUGAUACUCGGUCAACAUCUGUAUGAUUGAAUCUAAAUCCUGCGGGUUUGCCCGAAAAAAGACAAUAAUAUCAUCCGCAAAAAACAAGUCUCAGGGGCUUGCUAACAAUACUGAUACCAUGAGUGACACCCCGUUCCCAAGCCCUUGUGAGAAGCCGAGAGAAAACCUUUGCACAGAGAAUAAAAAAGGUAGGUGAAAGGGGAUCCCCUGCCUCAAACCCCUAGUAGCCUGGAAAUACCUGUCUGGGCAACCAUUCAGCAGAACCGAGAAAGAAGCAGUGGAAUCACUUGCCAUUACUGUAUUAAUCAUCUAAGAAGGUGAGCCCAUUACUGUCAUGACCGUCUUUAGAAAACCCCAUUCAAUACCCAUGUUUUCCAGUCACUUUCUUCUUCAUAGAGUGAAAAGUAUUAAAAGUUAUCAAAGCAUUACCCGUUACCAAUCUACCCGACACAAAGUACUUUGAUAUGGCAUCACAAUCUGGGGAAGGAUUAUUUUCAGCUUAUUUGCAAUUGUUUUAGCAAUGUUCUUAAACAUAAUACUGCAAAGAGAUAUAGGUUUGAACUCACUACCAUACUUAGGCUUCUUGACCUUAGGAAUCAGGCAAAGGAAAGUCUAAGUGAACCUACUUGGAUCUGCACCAUUAUUAAGCAACUCCAAGAUAGAACUUCAUAUGUUAAAAAGCACUAAAAGUUUAAUAUAUUUUAAAAAAUUAGAUAUAAAUUAUUAGUAAAAUUUACAUAUAAAGGGUAAAAGAGUAAAUAUAUAUCACUCAUUUUCAUUACUCUCUUUUCCUUUCAUUCUCUUUUGUUUUUGUCUCAAACCAAACAACUUAAAAAUUUAUCUCAUUUUUCUGUUUUAUUCUCUCCAUUUAUAUUAUUUCCUCUAUUAUUUCUCUAUCUCAUUUUCGCCCAUACAUCCAAACAAAGUACUAGGGUUUUGCGCUUCAGUUGGAUGUAUCGACUUGUUUAUUUGAGUGAGUAUGUUUGUUUUUAAUUUUUUUAUGUAUCUGCAUUACGUAACGGUCCUUCAUAUUUAUUCUCACAUGAUGUAAGUGUCAUUGGUUAACCUUUAGAUAUUUAUUCCAAACACCUUUUGAAAAAAAAGUUUACUAUAUCAACUGAUUGUACCUUAUCUCUAACUUUUCUAUUAACAGAGGAAAAAAGAAAUCCAAAUUAUAAAUAAGUUAUUUCUAAAACUUACGGACAAAAAAAUUAGCCACUUUUAUGGAACACUCAUGAAAUCAAAAGGCAAAUAUAAAGCAACUCAAACCACAAAGAUAAAACUAAUUGUACGUGUGCACUGUGCAGUUAGGAUUUGCACAGCAUGAUUUUGUUGACCUUAUCUCCAAAUAGGAUUAGGAAAAAAAUUAUGUGGUGUACUUGUGUGCCAUAUCUUAAUCCCCCCAAAUAUAUCUGUGGUAUUUCUCUGUUUCUUCAAAGGGAGAGAUAACAAUCAGAAUCAGCCAUGGAUCUGCCUCUGAUUACCUUAGUGUGUGCAAGUAUUCUCACUUUCUUCAUUCUUAAAUUAUUAUACAACCAAACACAAAAUUCUACCAAUCUUCCACCAGGGCCACGCCCCUUUCCUAUCAUAGGAAACAUCUUAGAACUUGGAAGAAAUCCACACAUAGCACUCACCAAACUCUCAAAGAUUUAUGGACCCAUCAUGACAUUGAAACUAGGCACCAUAACCACCAUAGUCAUCUCUUCUCCACAAUUAGCCAAACAAGUGUUGCAAGAGCAUGGCCAAAUCUUUUCUAGUAGGACAAUCCCUCAUUCAGCUCAAGUAUCUGACAAUCACAAAAUCUCAAUUGGGUGGCUUCCCACAAAUGCUAAGUGGAGGAAGCUUAGAAAAGUUUGUGCCACUAAAGUAUUUUCCCCACAAGUGCUUGACUCCACAAAAGUCCUUCGUCAACAAAAGCUGAAAGAAUUGUUGGAUUUUGUAAAGGAGAAAAGCAGCAAAGGUGAGCCUCUGGAUCUUGGUGAGGCUAUUUUCUCAACUGUCCUCAAUUCAAUUUCAAACACUUUCUUCUCUAUGGAUUUGUCUCACUCUACAUCUGAUGAAAAGUCUCGAGAGUUUAAGAGUAUUAUUGAGGGUUCCAUGGAGGAUGCUGGAAAGCCAAACAUUGCAGAUUUCUUUCCCAUUCUUCGUCCAAUUGACCCACAAGGUGUUCAUGCAAGGAUGACCAAUUAUUUUGUGAAGUUAGCUAAUAUUGUUGAUGGAAUUAUUGAAGAAAGAAUGUGUUCAAUAGCUUCAAGAGCUGAUUCUAAGGUUUCCAAUGAUGUGCUAGAUUCAAUUCUUAGUGAAAUUGAAGAAACAAGUUCUCAGUUGAGUCACAGAGAGAUAAUGCUUCUAUUUCUGGAUUUAUUUGUUGCUGGGAUUGACACAACAUCAAGCACGGUUGAAUGGGCGAUGGCAGAGCUACUGCGUAACCCUAAUAAAUUAGCAAAAGCAAAAGAAGAGUUGUGUGAAGUAGUUGGUGAAGAUGCACCACUUGAAGAAUCACACAUCUCAAAGCUACCUUACUUACAAGCAGUAGUGAAGGAAACUUUUCGCUUGCACCCACCAGCUCCGUUUCUGCUACCACAUAAGUGUGAUGAAGUGGUAAACAUCUCUGGCUUCCAAGUGCCAAAAGAUGCUCAAGUAUUUGUCAAUGUGUGGGCCAUGGGACGAGAUCCAACCAUUUGGGAGAAUCCAAAUAUGUUUGAGCCUGAAAGGUUUUUGAAGUGUGAGAUUAAUUUCAAAGGUAAUAAUUUUGAGUUAAUACCAUUUGGGGCAGGUAAAAGGAUAUGCCCUGGAUUACCAUUAGCUCAUAGGUCAGUGCAUUUAAUGGUGGCCUUCCUGCUGCACAACUUUGAAUGGAAGCUAGCUGAUGGGUUAACACCAGAAAACAUGAAUAUGGUAGAGCAUUUCGGGUUAACCUUAAAGAAGAUGCAACCACUUCGAGUUCAAGCUAUUUCAGUCAAGGACAAUUAAUUAUAUAUAAGAGUAAUGCUUCUGAUUUACGUGGAUCCAUGUAUUUAUCAGGGUUACUUAAGAUAUACUUACGGUACCCUUCUUGUAAUGUAUGGAGUAGUUUGCAGUGCUUAACUUACAUGUUUGUGGUAAGUUAAAAAAAAAAAAAAAUCACAAACUAUUCUCAAGUUACAAGCUCGUGUACCUCACAUCACUUAUUUUGGUUAUGUAAUAUAGAUAAUAGAUAAGGGGAUGCAACUGUUGCAUGUGCCAUUCCUAAUAAUCAAUAAAGGAUCGAGUUAUUUUCA